UCGUCUGUCUCCUCUCUUUCUGUCUCGUUUCAGAGACCUUAGCCUCCAUUGGUGGUGUCAAUCUCUCUCUCUCUAGCACUGACUCACAGACCAACAUAUACAUAUUAUAUUUUAUUUUGAAAUUAGUUUUGCUUUUUAGGGUUUGAAAUGUCAUCGGUCGAGUCUCUAUCUCCUAUAUUUCACCAAAAUAUCCAUUUGAAUUCGUAUAGGAAGCUCUAUCAUUGUCAUGGAUUGCGCUUCGUUCGCGGUCAAUCUAGGGUUUUUCACCAGAGCGCCAACCGUUUUAUCCCUAGUUCUCUACGUUUCCCGCCCACCAACCUCGACGGACAAGUUCUUGGUGCUUCGGAGAAUACGGAGAGGUUUAAUCUUUGGGGAGCUUUUGUCAGGGACUGCGGGUUCAGAAAGAAUCGGAUUGGAGCCAGUAGUCAGGACAGCGAUUCGGCGGCCGGUUCUAGCGGGACGAGCGAAGGCGAGGGCGAUAAGAAUCCACCGAAUUCGGGUUCUUCGACGCCGAAUCGGCGGAGAGAGAAGCAAGGGAAAGGGAAUUCGUGGUGGUCAAAGGGAAAGAAGUGGCAGUGGCAGCCUAUAGUUCAGGCUCAGGAGAUUGGGGUUUUGCUUUUGCAGUUGGGGAUUGUGAUUUUUGUAAUGCGGUUGCUCCGACCAGGGAUUCCUCUACCCGGUUCGGAGCCGAGGACUCCGACUACUUUCGUAAGCGUGCCAUAUAGCGAGUUUUUGAGUAAGAUUAAUAGCAAUCAGGUGCAGAAGGUUGAGGUUGAUGGGGUUCAUAUCAUGUUUAAAUUGAAGUCCGAGCCUGGGAGUCAAGAAAUUGAAGUUGGGGGAGCAAGUAGUAAGCUGCCGGAAUCCGAGUCUCUGCUUAGGACUGUAGCGCCGACGAAGAGGAUCGUUUACACGACGACUCGGCCAAGUGAUAUAAAAGCCCCAUACGAGAAGAUGCUCGAGAAUGCAGUGGAGUUUGGGUCGCCCGAUAAGCGGUCGGGUGGAUUCUUGAACUCUGCAUUGAUAGCUAUGUUUUAUGUUGCUGUGCUUGCUGGGCUUCUCCAUCGGUUUCCAGUAAGCUUUUCUCAGAAUUCGGCUGGCCAGAUUAGGAAUCGGAAAUCUGGGGGUUCUGGUGGUGCAAAAGCAUCUGAACAAGGUGAGAUAAUCACCUUUGCUGAUGUUGCUGGUGUCGAUGAGGCCAAAGAGGAGCUAGAAGAGAUUGUGGAAUUUCUUCGGAAUCCUGAUAGGUAUAUACGACUUGGUGCCCGUCCUCCUAGAGGUGUUCUCUUGGUGGGUCUUCCCGGGACAGGUAAGACUCUUCUAGCAAAGGCUGUGGCUGGAGAAGCUGAAGUCCCCUUUAUUAGUUGUUCUGCCAGUGAGUUUGUGGAGUUGUAUGUGGGCAUGGGUGCCUCCCGUGUGAGAGAUCUAUUUGCACGGGCAAAGAAGGAGGCACCAUCAAUAAUCUUUAUUGACGAGAUUGAUGCUGUUGCAAAAAGCCGUGAUGGAAAAUAUCGAAUUGUUAGCAAUGAUGAGCGAGAGCAGACCUUGAAUCAGCUGCUCACCGAGAUGGAUGGGUUUGACAGCAACUCUGCUGUCAUUGUUCUUGGAGCAACUAAUCGCUCAGAUGUUUUAGACCCUGCACUUCGCCGUCCAGGGAGAUUUGAUCGAGUGGUUAUGGUGGAAACACCCGAUAGGCGUGGAAGAGAAGCCAUUUUAAACGUACAUGUUUCCAAGAAAGAACUUCCCCUUGCGGAGGAUGUUGACCUUGGUGACAUUGCCUGUAUGACUACUGGUUUCACCGGGGCUGAUCUUGCAAACUUAGUAAAUGAAGCUGCUCUGUUGGCUGGAAGACAAAAGAAACUUGUUGUGGAGAAAAUUGAUUUCAUUCAUGCAGUGGAAAGAUCAAUAGCUGGCAUAGAGAAGAAGACUGCUAAGCUGCAAGGAAGUGAGAAAGCUGUAGUUGCACGGCAUGAAGCUGGCCAUGCGGUAGUGGGCACUGCUGUUGCAAAUCUUCUUUCUGGACAGCCGCGUGUCAAGAAGUUAAGCAUAUUGCCAAGGUCAGGAGGAGCACUAGGCUUUACUUAUAUGCCUCCAACACAUGAAGAUAGAUAUUUGCUGUUCAUUGAUGAGUUACGAGGCCGCUUGGUUACUCUUCUUGGAGGGCGUGCAGCUGAAGAAGUGGUUUAUUCAGGUCGUGUCUCAACUGGUGCACUUGACGAUAUACGUCGAGCAACUGACAUGGCAUACAAGGCAGUAGCUGAAUAUGGUCUUAAUCAGACCAUAGGCCCUGUGUCUAUAGCCACACUGUCAGGUGGUGGGAUUGACGAGUCUGGAGGUGCUGUUCCUUGGGGAAGGGAUCAGGGCCAUCUUGUGGAUCUUGUUCAACGAGAGGUGAAAGUAUUGUUGCAAUCUGCUUUGGAUGUAGCGCUUUCAGUUGUGCGUGCUAAUCCUACUGUUUUGGAGGGUCUUGGUGCCCAUUUAGAAGAGAAAGAGAAAGUCGAAGGUGAAGAGCUACAAGAGUGGUUGAGCUUGGUUGGCCCAAUAGAACUUAAAGGUUUUAUUGCAGGCAAGCAAGAGUCUCUUCUUUCACUGCAGACAGGCUCUUGAUAACAGCUACUGCUUAUUCUUCUUAUUUUUUAGUUAAAGAGUGAGUGACCAAGCUUCUAGCCAUUGAUGGCAUCAUUACGUCGGUGAACUCAUCCUCUUGAUUGGCCACGACUCACCCUUACCUGAUCAUAUAUUUCAGCGAGGUAAAUUCUGGCUUAGUUCAUCAGCAUAUACAAUCAUGUUCCAUAUCUCACACCUUACCGGCUCAAACCCAGAUAUGGUGAAAGGACCAAAGAUUUAUCUUGGUCAGAGCCUGCUCUAAUAUCUAGUGUCCCAUGUCAACACCAUACAUUUGUGUCUCUGGAAUUCGUUGUACAUUGGCUUUUAUUGUAACUUAACACAGAAUCUGGAAUUGAUAAGAAAAGAAUGUCAGUAUCUGCACUUGUAAUUGCUA